AUGUCAGACUCAGGUGGACACUGUGAUGCUUCAUCUCUUGUCACUAGUACCCACUUCAUGUCCCUGGAUAAGUUCGCCACCAAAUUGUCUCUCAGGGCUCUACAUCUGAGGCUUAUACAUAGCAAGCACCAGAACUACCUGGCCUUCAUUUCUGCCAUCGAAGAGGUCAACAGGAAUCCUCAGCUUUUACCCAACAUUUCUCUGAGCUAUGAGUUCCAUAAUUUCAUUAGCAGUCAUUGGAACAUACUAGAAAAUUCCUUCAUUUUGCUCACAGGGCAGGAUGAGAUCCCUAAUUACAUCUGCAAGAAAGAAAGCAAGUGUGUGGCAGCACUGACAGAAAUGUCAUGCGAAACCUCAGCUCAGAUUGGGCCACUGCUGGAGCUCUACAGAUUUCCACAGGUUAUCUUUGGCUCAUUUGAUCCUACACUGAUGGACAGUGGCCAUCAUCCUUCUUUCCAUCUGGUAGCUCCAAAGCAGGCAUAUUUGGCCCUUGUCAUGGUGUCCUUGAUGCUUCAUUUCCACUGGACAUGGGUGGGGCUGCUCAUCACAGAAAGCCAUAAGGGUCUUCAGUUUCUCUCAGAUAUAAGAGCUGAGCUGGACAGGGAUAGACCACCUGCAUGCUGCAGCAGAUCAUGUUUGGAGUUGUGUUCACUGGCUGUUUCGACUGUCUUGGCCAAAACCAUUACUGUGGUGCUGGCCUUCAAGGCCACUGCUCCAGACAGAAGGAUGAGACAGUUGCUGAUAUCAGGGGCAACAAACUCCAUCAUCUCCAUCUGCUCCCUGAUCCAACUCACUCUCUGUGGAGUCUGGAUGGGGACAAAUCCACCCUACCUUGACACAGAUGCUCACUCUGAACAUGGCCACAUCAUCAUCAUGUGCAACAAGGGCUCCCUCACCGCCUUCUACUGUGUCCUGGGACACCUGGACUCCCUGGCCUUGUCACUAAUUUGGGCUUCAUGCCUGUGGGGCAAUUACGUGCACCCCAAGCAGCAGAGAGCAGGUGUGGCUGUGAGGUUCACUUACUGUGACUGGUAUAGAGACAACACAGCUGUGCAGACAAUGUCCUGUGGGCCUGUCAGGAUGUUGCCUUUGAUUGCUAUCUUCCUUCUCCUGCAACUUUCUGCCUCAGUGAGCACUAUCGAUAAUGAAGACUGCAUUUCCCGAAGAAGCACCAGUGUACGCAAGGAUGGAGACAUGGUGAUUGGGUGUUUCUUGUAUCUUUAUUUUUAUAUCUACUACACUGGUAUGAUUGAUAUACAGCCUACUGGAGAAUUCCACUUCAUUCAGCUUACACCUAGCAAUUACCAGAACUACCUGGCCUUCAUUUUUGCAAUAGAUGAGAUCAACAGGAAUCCUCGUCUUUUACCCAACAUUUCUCUGGGCUAUGAGUUCCAUAAUUUCAUUAGUAGUCAUUGGAGGAUACUAGAGAAUUCCUUCAUUGUGCUCACAGGACAACACGAGAUUCCUAAUUACAUUUGUAGGAGAGAACGCAAGUGUGCAGCAGUACUGACAGAAAUGUCAUGGGAAACCUCAGCUCAGAUUGGACCACUGCUGGAGCUCUACAGAUUUCCACAGGUUACCUUUGGCUCAUUUGAUCCUACACUGAUGGACAGUGGCCAGUAUCCUUCUUUCCAUCAAGUGGCCCCAAAGGACAUAUAUUUGGCCCUUGCCAUGGUGUCCUUGAUGCUUCAUUUCCAGUGGACCUGGGUAGGCCUGCUCACCACAGAGAGCCAUAAGGGUCUUCAGUUUCUCUCAGAUAUAAGAGCUGAAAUGGACAGGAACAAAGUCUGUGUGGCCUUUGUGAAAAUGUUGUCAACUGUGGCUGUGUCCUAUCACCCAGCUGGAAAGAAAGAUAACAUCCUGACUGCAGAGAUGUCAUCUGCCAAUGUGGUGGUCAUUUACUGUGACACUGAUAGUGUACAUGAUGUAAACUACAGCAUAGUGCAAAACUUACUGACAUGGAAAGUCUGGGUGACAAACUCACAAUGGCAUGCUGACCUGGCUGGGAGAGAUUUCAUCAAUGACCCGUUCCAUGGGAUUCUUGUUUUUUCUCACCAUCAUGAAGAGAUUUCAGGUUUCAAAGAUUUUGUCCAGGCAGCUACCCCUUUCAAAUACCCAGAGGACACUUACCUUGUUAUGUAUUGGUCCAAGAAAUUUGACUGCUCAUUCUCUGAGUCUGACUGUGCCUUGAGGAACUGUACCCCUAAUGCCUCUCUGGCUUGGUUGCCUCUGAAUAGUUUUGAAACAGCCAUGAGUGAUAGGAGCUACAAUAUAUACAAUGCUGUGUAUGCUGUGGCCCAUGCUCUCCAUGCCAUGCUUUUAGAAGAAGUGCAAAUGCCAACACUCAGAAAUAGAAAAGUGAUGAUGUUUCCCCCCUGGAAGCUGCAUCUCUUUCUGAAGAAUAUUCAGUUUUCCAAUCCUGCGGGGGACUUAGUGAACUUGGAUGAUAGACAAGAAAUGGAUUCAGAGUAUGACAUUCUUAAUUUUUGGAAUUUUCCAGAAGGCCUUAGACUUAAGGUUAAAGUUGGCACAUUUUCUUCCCGAGCUCCACAUGGCCAUAAAAUGACUCUAUGUGAAGAUAUGAUAGAGUGGGCCACAGGAGAUACACAGACUCCUCACUCAUUCUGCAGUGAGAGUUGCAUUCCUGGCUUUAGGAAAAGUCCUCAGGAGGGAAAGGCUGCCUGCUGUUUUGAUUGUACCCCAUGUGUAGACAAAGAGAUCACCAAUGACACAGAUAUGGAACAGUGUGUGAAAUGUCCUGAAGAUCAGUAUGCCAACAGUCAGAGAAACCACUGCCUCAAAAAGUCUGUGACCUUUCUGGCUUAUGAAGACCCCUUGGGGAAGGCUCUGACUGGCACUGCCCUGAGUCUCACUGUCCUCACAACUGCUGUCAUUGGGCUCUUUGUGAACCACCGAGACACUCCUAUUGUCAAGGCCAACAACAGGGCUCUCAGUUACACACUGCUCAUCUCCCUCACAUGCUGUUUCCUCUGCUCCUUGCUCUUCAUUGGCCCUCCUAAUGCAGCCACCUGCAUCCUGCAGCAGACCACAUUUGGAGUUGUGUUCACUGUGGCUGUUUCUACUGUCUUGGCAAAAACUAUUACUGUGGUGCUGGCCUUUAAGGUCACUGGUCCAGGCAGAAGAAUGAGGCAGUUGCUGGUGUCAGGUGCACCAAACUACAUUAUCCCCAUUUGCUCCAUGAUCCAGCUCACUCUCUGUGGUAUCUGGAUGGGGACAAAUCCACCCUUCAUUGACAGAGAUACAUACUCUGAGUAUAGCCACAUCAUCAUCAUGUGCAACAAGGGCUCCCUCACUGCCUUCUACUGUGUACUGGGAUACCUUGGCUCCCUGGCCUUGGUGAGCUUCACUGUGGCUUUUCUGGCCAGGAACCUGCCGGACACCUUCAAUGAAGCCAAGUUCCUGACCUUCAGCAUGCUGGUGUUCUGCAGCGUGUGGGUCACCUUCCUGCCUGUGUACCACAGCAGCAAGGGGAAGGCCAUAGUGGCCAUGGAGGUCUUCUCCAUCUUGGCUUCCAGUGCAGGGCUGCUGGGCUGCAUCUUUGUCCCCAAGUGCUACAUUAUUUUAGCAAAACCAGAAAAAAAUUGUCUGACUGGGAUCAGAGACAAAACACAUUCUGGGAGAAACAAGUCUUAUCAUUGA